AUGUCAAGCCAAUUCGAGCUUGCGCAAAACCCGACCGAACCCAUAUCGUCGGUCAAGUUCGCGACCAACAACCCGACACGCCUACUCGUCUCUUCCUGGGACCGCCAUGUCUACCUCUACGACACACAUGCUGAGCCUGGCGGCAAGCUACUCCACAAGUUCGAACACCGUGCGCCAGUACUAGAUGUCUGCUUUGGACGCGACGACAACGAGGCCUUUUCCUGUGGGCUGGACUGGGAGGUACGCAGGAUCGACCUCGAGACUGGCGCGCAGACCAUCAUGUCUACACAUUCCCAGGGUGUUCGCAACGUCCUCUACUCUGCCGCGCAUAAUCUUCUCAUCUCAUCAUCAUGGGAUUCCACACUACACCUGCACGACCUGUCGCAACCUGGCGACUUCUCUGCUGUUCGCCUGCCUUCCAAGCCCUUCUCACUUUCCGCCUCGCCCACCAAACUAGUCGUCGCCAUGGCUAGCCGCGCAGUCAACAUCUACGAACUCGACAAGCUGGCCGAGGCUGCUAAGAGAGGUGGCGGUGAGGAAGUCGGAGUGGAGCCGUGGCAGCAGCGGGAGAGCUCGAUGAAGUACAUGACACGCGCCGUGUCUUGCAUGCCAAACGAUGCGGGAUACUCGAGUUCGAGCAUCGAGGGACGUGUGGCAGUCGAGUGGUUCGAUCCAUCUGAGGAGUCACAGUCGCGCAAGUACGCGUUCAAGUGCCACAGACAACAAGUUGACGGCCAGGACGUCGUUUACCCAGUCCAUGCGUUAGCAUAUCAUCCGGUUCACGGCACUUUUGCGACAGGAGGUGGCGAUGGCAUAGUUGCCCUUUGGGAUGCAGUAGCGAAGAGGAGGAUACGACAGUACCAGAAGUUCCCUGCUAGCGUGCAGACGAUCGAUUUCUCCAACGACGGCAAAUACGUAGCCAUUGGUGUCAGUCCAGGCUUCGAGGAUGGUGUCGAUGAUGUGCCCGACGGUGUGACCAAGGUCUUCAUAAGGGAGUUGAGCGCGACCGAAGCGUCAGGCAAGAAGAAGUAA